AUGAAGGAGCCAACUUGGCACCAGGAACUUGGCCACAGUUACCUGCAUAAAAUUCCCUUUCAAAAGAAUGUAGAAAGUUCACACAGAUUGAACAUAAAAGGCGAAGUGGACAAAUACGAAAGAAAGAAAAAAUAUAUAAAAAGAGAAAUGUAUAAAUUUAUGAAUGGCAUAAAAAAAGGAAAUAAACAAAGACAUCACUUGAAUUAUAAUCUUGGUGUUCUGUGCAGGAUGUCCCCAUCCUAUGUGAAUAAUAUGUCCGCACUCAGGGCUCAGGAUGGAGGUGGUACCAUAAAUGCACAUACACUUGAACUCCCAACAGGGUGUAGCAUUUCCAAGGAGAGCAACUAUAAGAAGAAAACAUCCCCUUGUAGGGAUUACGAAAAUGAGGGAGAUUUAAAGAAGCAUAAAUUGGUGUGGAAUCGAGAUGGGUACCACAAAAGGGCAUGUCAAAAUUACCUUCAUGUAUUUCUUAACAAUAUGGACCUCCAUUGUUCAUCCAUUUGUGAUGAGAACAACUAUGGAGUAAGAGGACCCGCCGGGGGGAUGUCCCCAUCAGCAGGGUUUUCUCUUUUAGGGGGAAAGAAGUUGCAUCGGAAGGUGCACGGAAAUGGUUGCAAGGAUGGAGUGGGUCCACAUUGGGGGGAGCCAGGUGCGGUUAUCCUCCCUCACAUCACUUCCCCACGAAAGAAGAGCAAGAAGGUUGAGCUGCACAAAUGGACCCUACAAAGGCAGAAUGGAAGCGGUUAUCAGAGAGGCAGCAGCAACUGCUCCAGUGAGUCCACAAAAAUCAUCGAGCAGUUUGUAAAAAGCAUCGAACGGAAUCAGUCAGGGCAAAAGGAAAAAAAAGAAGACAUGGACAAGGAAAAAAUAAAUUAUGCCACCGUCCCCUCAGAUAGUAACCCCCUAAACGCAAUGAACGUUCAAAAUGUGACCAUCCUUAACGGGUACACAAUUACAGCGAAGAAGAGUAAGAUUCACGCCGAUGAUCAGGAUGCCUCAACGGUGCUGUUAGAAUACAAACAGAUGGUGAAAGACAAUAAAAAAAUGUGGAGUUUGCUUCAAAGAGUCAUGUACCAAAUUCAAGUGACGAACAGCAGUGUGGAAGUAAAUAAAAAAAUUGAAAAAGGUAUAAGUACCUACUUGAGGAAAGUCGAAAGGAUUGUGAACAAAUAUAGGGAAGCCCUGGAAUGUGAUGAUUUUAACAAAACUACAAGACUGCAUCGCCACUUUAGGGCCAAUGAAAUGGUGAUGCUAAGAAGCGUACUGCACUAUGUCAUCGAUCUUAUGCGUCACGUUAAGUACGAGUGCAAGGAUCUGCGGCGGGAAAUCGAGCGAGAAAUUUGUGAAGUGGAGGAGGCAAUUUGGCAAUCCCUCGGCAUGUCGCGUCUAUGA